AGUGUUGGGUGUUUUCUGUCAGGAUCUCCGUUGUUUUCCAUCACCGUUGGGGUUUGUAUUGAAGAGCGACAAGGAGGGGAGGUUUGCGUCUGCUGUGAAUGAGGAUCAUCAAAGUAUUUUAUCGUGGAUGGCAGCCAGUUACGGGGAAGAGGCGGUGCGUCUGAAUCAGGGAACCGAGGCAGGCAGCCGGCCUGGCCCUGGCCCUGGCACUGGCACUGGCACAGAGCAAUGAUGGAGUUCGCACGCUGGCACCAUUCAGCCUUUGCCCACGGCAGUUCCAGAGCGUAAUUCAUGCAGGUGAAUUAUUACCAGGGCCCAUCCCCCGGGCUUCACGACUGCACGAAUUUUCUUUUGUGUCUCCUGGGAAUGAGCGGACUGGCUGCUGGAAAAAUUCAGUCUUCAGGCUGAUGGUCUUCCUACGCAUAUUUCAGGAUCGCAAGGUGAAAUGACAAUUCACGUGACCUUUUGGAAACCCGGUACAUGAAAACCUGCUUAUUGGAUGUCCAGACUUUGUGAUUCUGGUCAGGCUACAGCAACACUUCGCCAGGAUGGCUGCCUUUCUCUUGACUUGUAAAGCCUGCCCUGUGAUUUGUAGAUCUGUGAUUUUUCGAGCCCCGGUCUUAAUGUCAAGUAACUCUGCAUCGAAAAUGUCUUUUAAGUUAAAGAGUAUACCUGGACUUACUCUUGCUUGGCUAGGCCUUGGAGUUUCACCAGUUGCAAACUCCCAGAAAGCAGUAGCAGUAGAAGCAAAGGUGACGCACUAUCCUAAGCGAGGGUCUUCCCACUUACCUUUAAAAGACUUGUUCUGGAAGCUUCGCUUCACUGCCCAUAUUUGUGUCAGAGCUGUGAUCCUGCUGCUGAGAUUUGGACCUUUGUUUCUGCUCUAUCCGAUUUGCUUUGUGUCAUCCCGUUUUGCUUCCGUCUGGUAUGACGUGUUGUUGAGAUGCACAGAGGCUGCUGGUCCUACUUUCAUCAAACUUGGUCAGUGGUUUAGCACCAGGAGGGAUCUCUUCUCGGUGGAAUUCUGCGAAAAAUUCUCCAGGCUUCAUCCACAUGUCACACCACAUCCCUGGAACUACACCAAGUAUAGUUUGAAAAGAGCAUUUGGGGAAGAUUGGAGGAGCAUAUUUCACAUUACAAAUAAGGAACCCAUUGCAUCAGGCUGCUUCACUCAGGUUUAUAGAGCUUGUACUGAUCCAAAGAACAUUAAUAACUCUGAAUUUCAAAAGCUUGUUGAAAGCUUUGAGAGAGAGGAUCAGUUUGAAGCAUGGGAAGUCUUUGGGCUUCGAGGAAUAUUUCGUUUCAUGUUUGCUAAAAAGCAGGAUGAUUUUCCAGAUACCAAAAAUGAGCCCGAGGGAGUGAUUGGAAUUACAGAGCUGGAAGAUAGAAGGGCAGUGCUUCAUCCUGACUCAACGUCUGAGCAGCAGCAUCUCAUUCCAGUGGCUAUCAAGGUGAUGCAUCCAGGGAUAGCACAUCAAAUCAGUCUGGAUCUGAAACUUAUGAAAGCCGCAAGCUGCAUUCUCAAUCUCCUGCCAGGCUUGAAGUGGUUGAGGCUGGUGGAAGUGGUGGAAGAAUUUGAGGAGAUCAUGUUGAAACAAAUUGAUCUGCGACAUGAAGCAAAGGUCAUGGAGAGGUUCCGAGAGAAUUUUCUGGGUAUGGAAUCUGUCAGGUUUCCCAUACCUCUCAGGCCAUUUGUCACCAGAACGGUACUGGUCGAAACCUUUGAGGAGAGUAAACCCAUUUCGAUGUAUUUGACGAAGGAUGUACCUAACUUAUUGAAGCAGAAGUUGGCAAGAAUAGGAUUGGAGAUGUUGCUGAAGAUGGUAUUUGUGGACAACUUUGUUCACGGAGAACUUCAUCCUAAAAAUAUUCUCAUCCAGGGAGCAGAUCAGUUUAGUCUACAAAAUGAUGACAAGACCACCAUUGUAGACUUGUGUGAUACUCUUAUUGUUAAUGUUCGUCCUUCCCAGUGUCCAAUAAAGCUUAUUCUGAUGGAUACUGGUAUUGUAAAUGAACUUCAGCCAUCUGACUUCCACAAUUUCAAAGCCGUAUUCACGGCCUUAAUUCAAGGACAGGGUAAGCAGAUUGCAGACUUGCUGUUGACCCAGGCAAGAACUAGUGAAUGCCAAGACCUGCAGCCAUUUAAAUCUGAAAUAGAAAAACUUGUUCACAAUUCUGGGAUGAACAAUGGAUCCUUGGGAAAGCUCCAUGUUGCAGGCUUUCUUUCUAAAGUCUUGGAAACACUCAUCAUGCACAAGGUUAAGGUGGAAAGUAGCUUUGCCUCCAUGAUCUUUGCCAUUAUAGCCUUGGAUGGUCUUGGUCGUUCUCUGGACCCUGAGCUAGACUUACUGGAAGUGGUCAGACCCAUGCUACUGAAAGACACUGCAGGUUUGUAAGGCACUAUGGACCGCAGUGCUGUAUUUUCACCCAGCUUACUUGGGGAAAGGGAGAACACAUCGCCAGAAAUCUAUAACUCAUUAUCUAUUUAAUCAUCUCGUACUAGGCACUUUUUUAAACUACAGGCAACAUGUAAGAGCUCAUUAGCAGAAUAAUGCAUGAUGUACCCCAGUGUUUUACUCUCCUGUGAUAAUCUGAGUAAGUGGAAACCACAGAAGAUUGUACAUUUGUGCAGAGUUUUUGUAUUGGAUCUACAAUCAUUAUAUUCAAGGAUGUUGGUAACAAUUGUUAGCGAAAAUGAACAGGGUUAAAAGUUGUCAGUUCAAAACUCUUCACCAACUAAUAAAAUGUAACAUCCCAAUGAUUUCUCUUUAUGUUGUUUCCAAUUUCAUCCAUGUUUACGCUGGCUCUUUGGCCUAUCCAGUUAGCCUCACUUCCUUGCCUUGUCAUUAUAGCCCUGCAAAUAUUCUGGUAUUCCAAUGCCAUCAAUGUUUCUUUACCCAUUUAUCUUAAAUCUGUUCCCACUAAUUAAUCAUCCUUCUGUCACAAGAAGGAUUUUCUCUUCAAAUUUAGUGAUAUUUGAAUCUCUGCAAUGAAUUUAACAAUGCUAUCUAUUCUAUCAAGACUCAAAAUACCUAGAUACAGACCAAGAGUUUCCACUACUCUAGGUUGGGACUGGAGCUUCUUCCAGUGACCCCAGCUAAACUUAAACUUUCAAUAAUGUGAUGAGUAUUGGGUAGGAGGACACUGUCCAGAUGUAUGGGUAAAGUACAUUUGGGUAUCCAAUUCCAUCGUGGAAUUCAAACCUGCGUUAUUAUCCGUGCCAAACUCUAAAUGAAGCCAUUCCUAAUUUUCCAUUGUUAGUAGCGAAGCAGGGCAUUUCAACAAUAAACUUAGAUUUAUUGGAUAAUUUCCUGGCUGGCAUUAGAAAGAUGACAAAUACAUACUGCAUAUAGCUAGUAAAUGAUUCUCAACAGACACUGAGCAGCCAGGUGAUCGUCAGUCGCCGAUAUUCCUUUGCUUAUUUGUAAUGUAGACUCAGUCACUGUAGCAAUAUACAGUAGAUGGUGUGAAGGUAUCAGAAACAUACAACACAUUCAUUAAGAUAGGGAUGCAAUCUUCAUCUUCAAACUGCUUAGUUCAUAAGAACACACAUCAAAGUUGCUGGUGAACACAGCA